GUACCCCUCGUCAGUAUACGCUCGGCCAACAAAACUGCACGUAUGUGUUUCGCUCCGUUCCGUCGGGAAAUUGUCGAUCUUUGGGCGAGAUUUUAAAACACAUAAAAAAUCAAAAUGUACGGAUUCGUGAAUUACGCUUUAGAGCUGCUCGUGUUGAAAACAUUUGGCGAAGAGACGUGGGAAAAAAUCAAAAAAGAUGCAGAGGUUACAAUGGAUGGUCAGUUUUUAGUCAGACAAAUUUACGAUGACGAAAUUACAUAUAAUUUGGUAUCGUCGGCCGCACAAAUCCUCGAACUGCCCGCCAGUAGCAUAUUAGAAUUGUUUGGGAAGAUGUUUUUCGAGUUCUGUCAGGAUUCCGGUUACGACAAAAUCCUACAGGUGCUUGGAGCCACACCCCGGGACUUUCUUCAAAAUCUGGACGCUUUGCACGAUCACUUGGGUACACUGUAUCCGGGUAUGAGAGCACCGUCUUUCCGGUGCACAGAAAGGACCGAGGACGGCGCACUUGUUUUACACUAUUAUUCAGACCGUCCCGGAUUGGAGUACAUUGUCAUCGGAAUUGUUAAGACCGUCGCCAGUAAACUUCAUAACACCGAGGUGGAGGUGGAGAUAUUACAAACUAAAGAAGAAUGCGAUCAUGUGCAGUUCUUAAUAACCGAUAAAAACACAACAGGUCAACGUCAAAGCGAUCAAACAGCCGAAGUCGAGACACUAUCACAAGAACCGAAAAUUAGUCCGGCCACGUUUUGCCAUGUGUUCCCAUUCCAUCUGAUGUUCGACAGAGACUUGAACGUCCUUCAAACCGGUUGCACGAUCACCAGAGUAAUACCCAUGGUACAAGGGCCAGAACCAUGCAAAUUAACACAAAUCUUAUACCCCGUAAGACCUCAUUUGGAAUUGACAUUCGACAACAUUCUAGCGCACAUUAACACCGUGUACGUUCUUAACACUAAACCGGGAAUCAUGAACGGCGACUCCAACGACCGCGAUGGUAGUUCAAUAUCUCUGCGUCUUAAAGGGCAAAUGCUGUAUGUUCCGGAAACGGAUCUAAUGUUGUUUUUGUGUUAUCCGAGUGUCGUGAAUCUCGAUGAUCUGACCAAACGGGGCUUGUACAUCAGUGAUAUACCUUUGCACGAUGCCACUAGGGAUUUGGUGUUGAUGUCUGAACAAUUCGAAGCUGAUUACAAACUGACCAGAGAUUUGGAAUUCUUAACUGACAAGCUCCAGCAGACUUACAGAGAGCUGGAGAGUGAAAAACAAAAAACCGACAGACUGCUGUAUUCGGUGCUGCCGAUCAGCGUGGCCACAGAGCUGCGACAUAAGCGACCGGUUCCGCCGAAAAGGUUCGAAUGCGUGACACUGCUUUUUUCCGGCAUAGUCGGCUUCAGUGACUAUUGUGCCGGUCACGCAGACUCGAAAGGCGCCAUGAAAAUCGUCCGGAUGCUUAACCAGCUCUACACGGCUUUCGACGUGCUCACCGAUCCGAAAAAAAAUCCAAAUGUCUACAAGGUGGAGACUGUCGGCGACAAAUACAUGGCGGUCAGCGGACUUCCUGAACCUUGCGAAGAGCAUGUCCGGUGCAUUGCUCGAUUGGCUUUGGACAUGAUGGACCUCAGUCAUACGGUCGUAGUGGACGGUGUGCCCGUUCGCCUGACAAUAGGCAUACACAGCGGCGAGGUGGUAACGGGAGUAAUCGGUCACCGCAUGCCCCGGUACUGCUUAUUCGGCAACACCGUAAAUCUGACCAGCAGGACCGAAACCACGGGCAUACCGGGAAAAAUCAACGUCUCAGAAAACGCAUACAAUGUUCUGAAUCAAAGCAACAACUGGGACCCGCAGUUCGAGUUCACGUACAGGGGCCUGGUGCCAAUGAAAGGAAAACCAGAACCAAUGAAAGUUUGGAUUUUAACCAGGAAACGUGCAGACGUCGAAAACACCGAAGCGUUAAAACAAUAAUAAUAAUAAUAAUAACAGUAACAAUAUAAUAAUCAUAAAUAAUAUAAUUAUAAUUAUAGUUCAAUUUUCUUCUAAUUUUCCUGUACCGUUUGUCUGUCGUAGUUGAAAAUAUUUGCAAAUGUAUGUCAUCGAAAGCAAACAACAUUUAAAAAUAGAAUAUAUUAAAUAACUAUAUAAAAAUAACA